AUGACUGCAAAUAGACACAAAGACAAGAUCAUUGUGUGCUUCAAGCUUGAAGAUAACAAGAAUGAGAUUUUGAAAUCCCUGAAGGAUUUCCAGCCAGGUACUGCAGAAGUCAGCGAGAUUAAGAUUCUGCUUCAUGGCCCAAUCGGAACAGGAAAAUCGAGUUUUAUCAACUCCGUCAACACCAUCCUCCAAGGAUACAACACCACCGGUGCACUGGCAGAUUCAUCAGCUGGUCAAAGUCACAGCUUCACUCAGGAGUUUAAAAUUCACAGGCUGAAGAAAGAAAGGCCUGGAACUUUCUAUCCAUUCACCCUUUCUGACAGCAAGGGUCUGGAACCAGGGGAUUCAGAAGGAACGCAAACAAAAAAUAUAAAGAAAAUAUUAAAGGGCCAUGUGAAAAGUGGUUACACUUUGAACCCUGUAAAAUCAACUGAGGAAUGUGAUCAAAAGCCCAGCCUGAAAGACAAAGUGCACUGUCUGGUCUGGUGAGUGUUCUAUCAGCAGACAGAAUCUCCCUCA